CCAAAGCUUGAUUAGUUUUCAGAAUAAAAGUGAACAAGAGAAGUUACAUCCUGGACCAUCAGCUCAACACAUCCACAACAAGAAGGAUUUAGAAACAAGAACUACUGCAUCUUCACCAGCAUUGCCAUUAACAGGCCUGCAGAAAAGCAGCAAAAAUUUGCAGAUCAAGCAGAUAAUACUGCUCAGAUCUAAGAAAGACUCCGGUAGGACAUCUGAGGAACAGACGGAAUCUGACAGAUUCACUUCCACCAUCUCUAUCAGACUUCCCAUCAGAAGAUCCAAAAAAGACAUAGCAGAGGAAAAAACGUUACAAGCCACGACUAAUCUUUACAGCACACUUGAAGUGGUAAAGAACACAGCUAAUCAACACAAAACAGAGCUAAGGGACGUGUUUUCACCAACAGAGCAAUGUGGCAAAUCAACUGGUGAAUUAUUUAAGGAUGGGGAUUGGCCAAAAGCAACCUUUGAUGAAGACCACUUUAACACUCUGCAUCAACAUGUACAUAACACACCUAAGCAGGGACAAAAUAAAGGAAUACAACACAACAUAGGCCUUCAUGAGCAAACUCAAAUAAUCCACGACUCCCAAAGACAUUCUACUCAACCUGUUUGUGAGGUACAAAAAGAAGUCAACAAGGAUUUUGGAGCCAACGACUGUAGAGAGAAUGCCCCAACAACUCCACUGUACCACAGUAAUCUGACCUCCAUUGUCGUGGACAGUGGACUAAAAGCAAGCACUGAUUCCCAAUUUUUUGCAUGCCAUGCAGAAGUGCUAAACCAGGUCUUGUCAUUAGCCUCUUUUACUGCACUUGAUUCUGAAAAUACUCCUGAUCCAGAACCUAGUCUUUAUAAUCCUUCAUCAGCUAUGUUGACUUCUGCCCUGGCCUCAGUUCUUGCUCCACCUUGGAGUAGUCGUCUUCGAAGACCCAAGCAAGGCAGCAAUGAAGUUGAGUACGUACCCCAAGAUUGUGGACAGAAUAUCAACCAAUCUAGCUUAUUUCGCCAGGAUUGGCAGCAACAACUUUUUUUACCUUCCCAGAGGCAACCAUCUGAACACGUGUUGGCCAAUGACAAUGAAAUGCAGUUAACUGCUGGAACCAGCUUUACCUCUCCUGACUGGCAAAAAGAGAACAAUUCCCCGAAUGUCACAACCACAGUACAGCCAAAGAGACCCAUUUUAAAAUCAUCCUCUGUGGGCACGAUGUACAACAAUACAGAAUUAUAUCCUUUUUCCACACCUCUUGACACUUGUCAGGGACCAAAUUCAGCCCAUUCAGGGUACAGAAUAUCCAAAACUGGAGAUGAACAUGGGCCUUUCAAAUCAUUGAGCUCCAAGCCAACAACAAGCAGCCUACUUCUCUCUUUAAGGAGGACACAUUUGAGAAGCUCCAGUGAUGAGCCCACACAAACGCAGACUCCGAUAACUAGGUCUGUCAGAACCCUUACAUUGCCUAGCAGAAUUGUUUUGAAAACUCAAUCGUUUGCCCAUUCUGUUACCACUGAGGACAAAACCGGCAAAUACCCAGACACUCCUACAAGAACAGAGGAAAUACCAGUCAGUCAAUUCCCUUUGUCACCUAGAAAUAAGAGUAGAGUGCCGUUAAGGGCACCACUGUUACAAAACAAACCAGAGACAGAAAUCUCAAGGAGACUAGAAACUUCCGUUGCCAGAGCAGAGGAGGAACAUUUCCCAAAAUCCACGACCAGAACGGGACAAAUUGGGGUUCUCAAAACUCAACAGAGUUCUUAUUUAGUUCUUUUGAGGGAAUAUUCUAGUACAGAGGACAUUGAUCCCGUGGAACAAAGUAGUGUUAACAACACCAGCCUGCAAACCUUCAAUAUUACCAAACAAAAAAUAACUCCACACACCACAAUUUCUCCCAAAGAUUCAACUAAUUUUAAUGUUCAACAAUCCAGCUUUAAUGUUCAAAAUUUAAAAUCACAAAGCACACAAAAUAUAAUGGCCAGCAAUUCUUCGGCCACAAGCACCUUCACAGACAGGCUUAACUACUCACCCAGGAAAGACUCUUCUGUAGAUGGAAUAAGCCCAACAACUGUGGGACAGAUAUAUCUGGACUCUAAGAAACAUUCUCAGUCAAGUCAAAGCUCAAUGGAUCUUUCGAGCCCUCUUUCUCCAAGCAGACCUCUCAGAAGUGUCAGAGUACCAAGCAUCUAUUCAUACCUUCGAGAGUCCAGCCCGGCUGUAUUCACUCCCUUCCCUUCCACCCAUUCUCCCCCCUUACAGAGAGCUAAAACUUUGCCUCCUAUGCAAGAUGGAGGCGAAACACUGCAGGGUGACCAGAAGACAUUUCCCUCAAGAUUUUCAUUCGACAACCCAUUUGCAUUACAAAAUUCUUAUGGUUCCAGCUCUCAUAUAGCCCCAGCUCAAUCUCUGCCUCCUGAUUUUGGAAGAGGAUCAACACCUCGUCUCAGCACUUCUCCAUAUUCUAGCCUCAUCUCCUCAAGACCUGCACUCAACAACACUUUACAAGGACUGUCCUCUCCACCUGCAUCUAAAACACAUACCAGAUCUACAUCUUAUGAUAUUGUAACCACUCACGCUGACCUUAUAAAAGAUGACCCAAGCUCUUCACUAUCCACAUACACAAGGAUAACAAGGAGACCAAAGGAACAAUUAGCUUCACCUAACAUAGAACAUAGGACAGCUGUUCAAGCUUAUACAAGCACCCUAGACAACCACAGACCUGCCCAGCCAUGCCUCCCACAACCUGCACCAGAUACAAGUUUUGUCAUGGAAAGCCAAAGCGCAAAUAUAAGCCUACACCCAAGGCAGUCCAACACAGGCUCGAACAACUUCCCUCAUCAGGAACAUGGCUUGAUGGCACUUCAUCUUGAUAAGGGUACUGCUUACCCCAAGCAAAGACAGAGAGAGAAAGAGAAGUAUUUACUACUGAAUAAGCUCACAGUAAAAAGUGAGACUCCACUUACAGCUGAGAAAGAGACUACAGCUGUGCAUAUGCAUGAGAGAUUGCAGGAAAUGCAGAGUCCCAAUUCAAAGAAAGGCCUCUUUGCUUCACGAGUUAAGAAAGACAAUGCCCUCUCUUCUGCGUCUUUGCCAGACAAAGAGGUUGUUAGUCCCCAGUAUUUAAAAACCAAAAGACAUUCGCCAGUGUUUAGAACAAGCAGCAGAGUAGACCAGAUAUUAAAUCGCUUAAAACUGACAUUUGGUGUCAAACGUUCAGACGGCGCACUUGACACAAUCACGAAAAAGAACAAGCCCCCCACCCAGCAACACUUAGACCCUGAGACUUUUGAAAAAUCCAAGACAGAGGAGAAAACAUGUUCUGGAAGCCAAAGGGGGCUCUCUAACUCUUCUUUAACAACCAAUAAAGACUCUUUGGGUUCCUUGUCACCACUAACAUUAAAUAAAUAUGAGAAUACAUUAAAUAUGGAUUGGCAAAACAGGUCUACAACUGAACAAAGUAGUUCUGGGUACACGUGGGAGGCCCCCGACUCAUCUUUGAGCACUGAUCAAGCAUAUUUUGCCACUUUUGGGUCCUUGUCACCCUUAACAUUAAAAAAAUCAUCUGAGAAUAAAUUAAAUGUUAAUCAGCAAAAGAGGCAUAACGAUGAAAAUGGAAACUGCUCUAAUAGCAGGAGCUUUAGUCCGAACAGGCUAAAGGCCCAAGGUAUGACCCGUUCUGCCACCUUGCCACAUUACAGAACAUCCUCCAUCAGUCCCCAAUCACCCUUUUAUUUGUUUGAUUUUGAUUCAGAAGACAUUCAGAAUGACAAUGUGUUUUAUAGUCCAGUGAGCAAAAAAACUAAUUCGCUUUGUGAGUCUGAUGACUUCUCUCCACUGAGCUCCGCCAAGAGUUCAGAGCAGAAAAACCUUGUGAGGUCUCGAUUGUCCUUGUCGUGUGCAGACUUAAAGUAUGGUCUGCACAAUGGGCGAUCUUUCUCAGUCAGCAAUGUAGUUUCAAGCCGCCCAUCAGGCCCUGGACGAAUAUCAACAAGCAGCGUUAGCGACCUCUCAAGUUUGGAUGACUUUGUGCCAAAGGAGAAUUAUUCAAUAGUUGACUCUCCAGUUAGUAGCUAUUCCCCAAGCUAUGAGCCUAGAUCUGUCAGUGGUAAACAGUCUCAACCUGGAUAUACAGAUGAUCAUCUUGAUCAUGAUGAUGCUGACCCAACCCCCCCUCCAUCACCAACUUCGUCCUCUUCACCUCGCCGGAUAUCCCAGGCUCCUGCUAUGUCUUCCAUCAUGAGGACAACUCCAGAAAGUCUGUCUCCUUCUCGGAGUAUCCUGCCAUCUAGGAGCUACACAACCAGCUUGCCUGUUUUUGAGGAGUCUGGUUCUGACACCACAACCGAUGAUGAAUACUAUGUUGACAGUGGUGAUGAUGAGGUAGAAACAGAACUUUAGAGGAGAAAAUGAUGUUCAAUUCCAUGUUGUUGAUGUGUUUACAUGUACUGGACAUUGAAUUUUUUUUUCUGUGCAUGGAAAAGCUGCAGCAAAAUUAGGCCUCUGUUAAACCAACAGAUCUAAAUUGUAAAAACAAUUAGGAAUCAGGACAUAUAUUAAUAGAAGGAAUUAAAAUUAUAUUAGAAUUAUGAGAACAUGUCAUUUAUCAGAACAUUUUUUAUACAGUAAAUACUAUGGGCUUUUUUUAUUCUAUAGUGCUUGAGGAUAACCAUCUUUGAUCUAAUUAUGAAUGUAUUUACAAUACAGAACAAUGCACUGUUGUUCCAAUUAGUCUUUGAUAUUUUCUGGAUCUUGAGGCUCUGAAAUGGUGAGUUCUUACAUCUUUCCUUUUGUUGAGGGCUGCCUCCUGUUUCAUUCACUGUAUUUAAAAGCACAGCUUGUCAGUCACAAUACAUACUUUUACUGACAGACAGUCUAUAGUCAGUAACUGUCAACUUAGUAGCUGAACCACAACUGUUUAAUGUGUUUGAAUGGUUUUUUUUAACUCAUACAGACUCAUAAAAGAGUCAGAAAACAGAAUAGAAAAAUAGUCGCCCCUACAACAUUGGGGUGCCAUCAUGAUUCCACCUCAGUUAUGACAAACUCUAUCCAGAUUAUGACGUUACAUAAUGUUAUUGUUAAAAGUAAAUGUUAUUGAAAAA